UACGUAAAACCCGGGGCAGAGAAACUCCAAAAACCUCUCCCCUUUCGUGAUCGAUAAGACGGCGGCUGCGGCAGCCGAAUCGUUUCGGAAGUCUGAGUAGCAGAGACCUCCUUGCGUUUGCGUUAAGGGCGAGUUCCUUCUCCUGCGGUAGCAACUCUGUGAGUCGUUCGCUAGAGAGUAAGACUGUGAGAGAGACUAAGAAAGAGUUGGUGCAUUUCUUUUUACAGAUUGUUGGCUCCUUCUUUUUGAAGAAAGAAAAAACAUGGUGACGAAAAGGUGCCGGACCGGUGACGGUCAGCCGGAAUGUCGCAAGGCGGUGGGAAUGUACUUCUUCAAAGUUCUUAUAGGAGAUUUCCACACGAAGCUUUACAUGCCUCCCGCUUUUGCAACAUUAAUCGAGGAUGAUGCUUCUGAUGGUGCUGCUUUGAACACUUCAGUUGGUUGUUACCAGGAUAUAGAAGUUCUUAAAGACAGUUAUAGCAUGUUUUUUCACGAUGGUUGGCGUGCAUUUGUUGAGCAUCAUUCUUUACAAAUCGGGGAGUUUCUUGUUUUCCGGUAUGAUGGUGAUAUGCAGUUUGAUGUUAAAAUAUUUGAUAAAAGUGGAUGUGAGAAAAUUUGUUUCAAAUCAGUUCAAAUGGAUGAUAAGAAAUCCAUCCCGGGUAAUCCAAAGAAGAGUGUUUCUCAAUCGCAUGGAUAUAUGUGCGACCCUGAAGUAUCAAGAAGUGAAUGUGAUAAGGAAGUUACUGAGGACAGUUGUCGAAGGUCAAGGGAAAAAUGUAAUUCUUCCAAGAAUUCUGGAGUUAAGGUUGUCUCUCCUUCUGAUCAUCCUGCAUUCAUGUCCACUUAUCGAUAUGCUUCAAGACGGCGGGAAGUUACCAAAGAAGAAAGGCUGCAUGCUUUAGAAGAAGCUCACAACUUGAAACUAAAUCGACCUCAUUUUACAGUUACCAUGUUUGAAUCAAAUGUCUACAUGAGAUUUAUGGUGCAACUUGAAAGCUGGGGCUAGACAGACAUUCCCCAGAUUAUGCCGAGUGGUGCACCUCCUUCAACUUGAAAGUCCCAAGCAGACUUCUUGAUAAGGUGGAUGGAGCUCUUUCUUGUCUUCAACUUGUAUAUUUCCUUGUUGUCAUACUCUUUAAUGAAAUUGACUUACAGUUUUGUGUCUGUUUGCAUAUGCGCACCAGUCAUCCCGGUCACACUUUUGAUUCUUUUGCAUGUAGUUGGUGCCCACAGAUCUGUUUUUCAGGUUGUUCUACAGAAUAAAAUUAUGGUAUUGUGGAUGUUGAUGUCAUACUUUUGUCUAUAUUAAUUAUUUGGAACUGUAUCAUGCUACAUCAAUCAAUAUGGCCAUUAAAAUUCGGUUUUUACCUUAUUCCUGUUGAGCUAAUCAACUUGACCUUAGUGUGUUUCAUGCAUGAAUCUCUAGACCCUUUCGUAGUCCGUCAAGCCUUGAGAUGCCUCAGAAUUUACCUUGCCUCAUAAACCUCUUUUACAUUGUCUCAUUAUUAGUUUAUGCAUAUGCAAUUGCAGAUAUUCGUCAAGGAACUUCAUCUUUUUUGUUUUAGAUGUACAUCAGAAUUAACUUCUUGCUUCUUUUUCAUGGUUUACCCUAUAUACUAAGGGUUAUUUUGAUUUCAUUCCUAUAAAGUGAGUUUUAUGUGACGCGUGCCAACAAAUUU